AUGGAACAAUCGCCCUCUUUCAAGACCAGCGAGCUUAAGAACAAAACUUACACGACCAUGCCAGAGUCGGCUUCAACUGUGGCUCUGAAUACCGCCCCAGAAGAUGAUGCCGAGCCCGCCCUCGACCCUGAACUUCUCGACCAGGAGUUGCAGCUGGUAUCCUCGCUUGCAAAACUCCAGAAACUGGAAGAGAUGAUCCAUCAACUUCGGACUCUGCUACCUGAGCGCUUACUAGAGCCGCUCGCACUAAUCAUCAACCUCAAGGCUGCUACUGCUGUCUCCGUCCCGAACUCCCCUCAGGCAUUGUACCAACGGCUCUCGCAAUCCGCCUCUGAUGGUGUGCGCGAGGUCGAAACCUUCAAAUCUCUGUGGCGCGGGCGAGAAAUGAAAGCCGUCUGGGAGCGGGUCGACACUCUGAUCUAUGAGAAUGCGGGCCAGCUCCUGCAGUCCAAUGGCAUGUGGCAAGAGGACUACGACAAGAUACUUGAAGAGAUCGCGAAGCACGAUGCCGCCAGAAAGGAGAAGCAGCAGAGGGCCAAGGAGGAAGAGGAGCGCUCGCAGUUGCAGUCAGCGGAAGGUGGCUGGCGGGCACUUGUCGAGGAGUAUUCCCAGACGGGCUUUCCUGGAAUGCGCGUGCUGCCGCCAAGGAGAGAUUCGUCAUUUGUUGUCCUGCUUCCGAAGGUUGGGCUGUCGUUCAAGGUCAAUGCCAUUGGUACGGGUCAGGAGGAUGUCCCUGAGUUCAACGUCACUAGCAAGUCGUCGUCAGCAGAGCCCGCGUCAAAGGUUGAGAGCACGGUAUUGGGCUGUCUCAACGCUCGUCCUAGAAAAUGGGACCUGAACUAUCUCUUCGGAAUGAUUCUAUCAUAUUCUAAUCUAUUUCAAACAACCUGUGCGAAAUGCGGCAAAAUGCAAGACCAAGCAGCCAACCUCCCGACACUCCGUCGCCUCAACCCAACAACACCACAACCCGAACAGCUCCCGACAUUCGAAGCCUACCACGCAACAUGCGUCUGA